GAAGCAUUUGGGAGUGGGACCGCGAGCAGCCGCUUGUAAACAGAGCCGGGCUGGGAUGGUCAGCGGCCGGACCGGCUGUCACCGUGCGGCGGGCGGGCUGCCCAGGCCGGGACCCCGCCAACAGUAGGCUGCAGGCCCCGCCGCUGAAGGGAGACGAGCCACCCGGAAAUCAAGAAUUGCCACUGCAUUACUUUGACAAGCACUACCUGUUGUCUUCAGAUAAGCUCAAAGAAACAUCCCUCUCCCUAUACCUCUGUUAGCUAGCAAAUGUUUUCAAUGACCAGGAAAACAUCAAUCACUCUUGAGCUUGGCCUGCUCUAGGCAACUGAACGAAGGUUCCUUCCAGUGGUUUUCAUAGCUCUAUUGCUGAAGCAACUCUCUUUGUUGGAUGAAUGUUCAUGAAGCUCUUUCCUGAACUAGCUUAGGAGGCCUAGGCCUCUUGGAACCUGUGAAAUGGAAGCUUUGGAAGUGGAUGAUAUCAGCCCAGCAUUAGAAGUUACUGAGGAUUUCUUUAGUACUUUUGAUAGCAAGCUAGAAAAGGCUGUUCAGCAAGCAGAAGUUUAUGGGAUUCAGGAAGUCCCUGAACUGGUGGGACAUGAGGUACUCAGUAACAUAACAGACAAUGGUGCUAUGAGAAAUGUUGCCUCCCUGGGCAAGGGGGGCAUGAUCUGGGACCACUGUAAGAGCAAGCUCAUAGAAACCAAAGCUCAAAAUGUCUUCCCUGCCAAAGAACAGUUUGUGGUCCAGAGAGGGACAACUCCAGAUAAUCUUUCCUGGAUGGAACAAAAGGAAGCAUCAACCUUUAAUUUUUUCAAUAUCUGUCAGCGUCGAAGGGAUAGACCUCGUUCUGUGAAUGACUUAUUGGAUGAAACUUCUACUUUCAAGCCAGGGCAUGCUCGAUCAAGGUCAGAUAUUACCCAAGUGGACUGGCGCAUGGUCCUCAAAACCAUGCCUUUGCAGCAACAGCAGCAGCAGCAAUCUUCUCUUCCAGGUCCUCCCUUCACCAGGCCACCUUUUCUGUUGCCCUCUCCAAGUAAGGUAGAAGAUGCCCAAGGAAAUACUGAACACAAGCAGACAUUCCCAAACAUUCUGAAGAAGGGUUACCUGGAAAUUAGAAAGGACCAUGACAGUUACUGGCAAAGCUGUUACGCAGAACUGUCACCUUACAACUUAUACUUCUAUAGCCUCGACAGCAGUGGGAAUCAAAACCCCUAUGCCACGUACCAACUUUCCCACUUCCAGAGCAUCUCUGUUUUGGGCAAUCUUGAGGCCAGGAUGGUAGACACUGUUCUCUAUGACAACACUCAGCUACAGUUAAAGGCAGAGUCACCGUGGGAAGCUUUGGACUGGGGACAGAAGCUUUGGGAAGUAGUGCAUGCUGCAGUGCCCAGUUACAUGGGACGGCAGGAUGAACUGGCAAACUCACCAGGGCUCGGCCAUCAUGUUGACUAUACACAGAAUCAUUGUUUACAAGAGAAAUCCAACGGGCUGCUACCACCGUCUCCUGUCUUGGAUAGCUCCAAACAGUACCAAAACAUCCUCAAAUCAGGGACACUCUACAGACUAACUGUCCAAAACAACUGGAAGGCAUUUACAUUUGUGCUGAGCAAGGCCUACCUUAUGGCUUUUCAGCCAGGCAAGCUAGAUGAGGAUCCCCUGCUGAGCUACAACGUGGAUGUGUGUCUGGCUGUCCAGGUAGACAACCUGGAUGGCUGUGAUUCUUGCUUUCAAGUCAUUUUCCCUCAAGAUGUCCUCCGCCUCCGAGCUGAGACCCGGCAGAGGGCUCAGGAAUGGAUGGAGGCUCUGAAGACAGCUGCCAAUGCAGCGAGGAGUUCAGAGCAAAACCUGCAAGUCACACUGAGGAGCAAACCCAAGGAUCAGCUGGGUGGGCAUGAACUCAGGAAGAACAAACGUCAGUCCGUGACCACCAGCUUCCUGAGCAUUCUGACAACUUUAUCUUUGGAACGAGGACUCACGGCUCAGAGUUUCAAAUGUGCAGGCUGCCAACGACCCAUUGGUCUUUCCAACGGGAAAGCCAAGGUGUGCAAUUACAGUGGCUGGUAUUACUGCAGCAGCUGCCACGUGGACGACAGUUUUCUCAUCCCAGCACGCAUAGUCCACAACUGGGAUACUUCAAAAUAUAAGGUGUCUAAGCAGGCCAAAGAAUUCCUGGAGUAUGUGUACGAAGAGCCCCUGAUCGACAUCCAGCAGGAGAACCCCGUGCUGUAUCUCCACGCCGAGCCACUGGCCACCGUGGUGCGGCUGCGGCAGCGGCUGAAAUCGCUCCGAGCCUAUUUGUUCAGCUGCCGGGCAGCGGUGGCCGAGGAUCUGCGUCGCAGAAUUUUCCCCAGAGAAUACCUCCUUCAACAGAUCCACCUGUAUUCCCUGGCUGACCUGCAGCAGGUGAUAGAGGGAAAGCUGGCUCCGUUCUUGGGCAAGGUCAUUAAAUUUGCCACCUCACACGUGUACAGCUGCAGUCUUUGUAGCCAGAAAGGGUUCAUCUGCGAAAUCUGUAACAAUGGAGAGAUCCUCUACCCUUUCGAGGAUAUUUCUACAAGCAGGUCCCCACAAAAUGGAAAUCGCUUUACUUGGGGAAGAACAAGAGGACAAGAUGAGAUGAAAAGGAAGCAUGUUUAAAAUGGAUAAAAGAAGGUACUUUUUUUUCCCCACUGCACACAAUUGACCUGGGGAACUCACUGCAGCAGGAUAUUAAGAUCAAUGGUGAAGAUUUGUGUUUUAAAAGAUUAGACAUUUCACAUGCAUAUCAUCAACAGUGGGUUCAAUAGGAUGAAAGGAAGAUGGAUAAAAGUUCCCAAGCUUCAGUGCAUAAGUUGAUCACCAACUGGGUCAGGUAAAAAGAAAAACUUGUCUCCCCCGAUCAUCUAAGAUCUCAUAGGAAGGCAGAUGUGGGGUAUUCCAAUUACCGCUACUGUAUAACAAAGCACCCCAAGCUAGAGGUGUGAGACAACAGACGUUUGGUUUCAUUCUGGAAUGCAGCGGAUGAGGAAAUUAGCGGAGGGCAGAGCAGGGAUGCUUUUCUCGGCUCCACAAUAUCCCUGGCCUCCCCUGGGAAGUCAUAAACAGCUUGGGGGACUGGAAGAUCCUUUAUCUGUGUGUCAGACACCUGGCUUGGGAUGACCUGAAGGCUCCCUCAGCUGGGACUGUCAACUGGGGCAGCUACAAUGUGGACUCCAAGACACAGAGUUCCAACAGAAUCAGGCGGAAGCAGAGUGGCCCCUCAUGACCCAUCUGUGGAAGGCCUACUGCAUGGCUUCCAACAUGUUCUAUCAGCCAAAACCACCGCCAGCAUACCAAGGUUCCAGAGGAGGGGACCAAAGACCUCCUACCUUCCUCCUUCAUGAGGGAAUGACAAGGUCACGCUGCAGGACACAUGGGAGGGGUGAAAGUUUUAGAGCUAUCUUUGAAAAAUGCAAUCUGCUGGGGAAGAGUCUGGGAAUGUGUGAUAUAUAAAAUCUAAUGGGAGACUCUGAUAUAUGAAGGAACAAUCAUAGUGGGCAGUAAAUAAAUCACAAGGUUAGUUAUGGCCUGCCCUUUUAAUCCCAUCAUAGGAAUUUUUUCCCUUUUAUGAAUAUCAUUAUACUUUAAUUUUUGGUUCACUUUCUGUCUUCCCAGAAGGCUGGAAUCUCGGUGCAUAUGACUAGUUGCUUGCUAUAUCCUUUGUGCCUAAAAGAGCACCGAGCACAUAACAGGUGCUCCCUGAGGACUGACUGGAAGAGUGGAUGAGUAAAUGGUAGAAGGGCCGAGGAAGUAUAGGCAGUGACAAUGACUCACCUUCACAAGUGAUUGGGUU